ACGGGGGGGGGGGAGGAGAGAGGCGAGAGCUGCCGCAGGACACCGCUGAGCCUGUCCGAGGAGGUGAACGGCGCACGGCGGCACAUCCGCUCCAUCCCGGCGUCCACACCGUGUUCCGGUAGCCAUGCAGUUCCUGCAGCAGCUCAGGCCUCUGGCCUUUGGAAAAGUGACGUUAGUGGUUUUCAUCCUGACCUCCACCGUCUCAGUGGCUUCCCUGCCCGCUGACACGGACAAGGGGAGGAGGAAGGUGGUGCACGUGCUCGAGGACGACACCGGGGCGGUGAUCGUGCAGACGGCUCCCGGUAAAGUGGUGACGCACCGCGGCGGCUCCAUCACUCUGCCCUGCAGGUUCCACCACGAGCCGGAGGACACCGACCCCGACCGCAUCCGGAUCAAAUGGACCAAAGUGACCGAUGCCCUGCAGUUCCAGGACGUCUUUGUGGCACUUGGAAGGCAGCAGCGCGUGUUCGGAUCCUACAAAGGCCGCGUGUUUCUGGAGCGGGCGGGACCAGGUGACGCCUCGGUGGUCAUCCAGAACGUCACGCUGGAGGACUACGGGCGCUUCGAGUGUGAAGUCACUAACGACAUGGAGGACGACACGGGAUUUGUCAACCUCGACCUAGAAGGAGUGGUGUUUCCAUACUACCCUCGCGAGGGGCGCUACAAGCUCAACUACCACCAGGGGGAGGACGCCUGCAAACAGCAGGACGCCAUUCUGGCCUCCCACUCUCAGCUGCACAAGGCCUGGCUGGAGGGACUCGACUGGUGCAACGCUGGAUGGCUGGAGGACGGCUCGGUCCAGUACCCGAUCUCUCAUCCCAGAGACCAGUGCGGCCGCAAGGAAAACCCCGCCGGCGUGCGUAACUACGGCUACCGGCACAAGGAGGAUGAGCGCUACGAUGCCUUCUGCUUCACCUCCAAGCUCAACGGCCGGCUGUACUUCCUGAAACGCUUCAAGAAGGUGAACUACGACGGAGGCGACUGAAGGCCUGCGCUCGAGACGGCUCGGCGGCGGGCCAAGGUGGGUCAGCUGUACGCCGCGUGGAAGUUCCAGCUCCUGGACCGCUGCGAGGCAGGCUGGCUGGAGGACGGCAGCGUGCGUUACCCCGUGGUCAACCCCCGCUCCCGCUGCGGGGGCGCCCAGCCGGGCGUCCGACACCUGGGCUUCCCCGAUUAAAAAGUUCGCCUCUACGGCGUCUACUGCUUCCGCGGGAACAAUGGAGGAGCCAGCAGGGGGCAGUGAGACGACGACGGGCCUCGCCGGUACUUUUGGCGUGGAGGAAGGGCGGCGGCGGCGGCGGCGUGCCCGGGAACGACACCGCCGGGAUUUGACAGUGGAGGGGGGCGGGGGGUGAGAGAGAGGGGGGAGUGGUCUUCGGUCUCUCCACGUGCUGAUUGGUCGGCUGUCAGAAAGGCGCUUUUUAAGCAGCAGGCUGCAUGUAAAAAAAAAAGACCUCCGGUCACAAAGACGACAACCAGCAGCCACACGUCACAUUCGUCAGCCAUGAGGUCCGUGUUCACGGGUGCGUGUGCGUGGAUGGUGAGUUGGAGGCGGAAACUGUAAUGAAAUAUAAAUAUAAAUAAGUUCCGUAAGCGCCUGUGUGCGUGUAGCUCAUUAACUAAGACCCGGAGUCUCACAGCCAGAGCUGCACCUCUAGUAAACAUUGCACUAGUUCUACAUUGUGACAGCACCUCAGACUGAAGAGAGCAUGCGUUGCUUGGCUGACAGAAGCAAAAGCUGCAAUAAUUGCUUUUACCUGCACUUACUGCACUUCGUCUACGCGGGUCACCAAAUGCAACACGCGCAGCAACGUGGAUCUCCGUCCGUCUGCCGCUGCACAACGGAUGAAUGUUCUUGAGAAAAGCAAAUAAAAGUCUUGUUUGGAUGCAGUUUA